AUGUUUCAUCUCCAAAAAUCGAUUCAAUUAGCAACAGGUGUUCGAGCUUUUCAUGCAUCGAAACCUUUAUUUUUAUUUGGUAGCGGUGUUAUUAAAGAAGGUGCUACUUUACCAAAUCAUACACUUUUUGAAAAUACACCAAAGAAUAAAGUGAAUACUAAAGAUCUUUUUGCUGGCAAAAAAGGAAUUUUAUUUGGUGUUCCGGGUGCAUUCACUCCCGGUUGUUCUAAAACACAUUUACCUGGUUAUGUUGAUUCAGCAAAGGAUUUUAAAAAACUUGGUUAUGAUACAAUUGUUUGUGUUACAGUUAAUGAUCCAUUUGUAUGUGAAGCUUGGGCAAAAGAACAUAAAGCUGAUGGACAAGUACGAGUCUUAGCUGAUCCCGAUGCUAAAUUUACUAAGGCUCUCGGUCUUGAAAAAGAUAUGACUGCUGUAUUAGGCAAUGUUCGAUCAUCACGAUAUGCAAUGGUUGUUGAUGAUAAUAAAGUUAAGAAAUUAUUUGUUGAACCAGAUGGUACAGGUUUAACAUGUUCACUUUCAAAGAAUUUAAUUGACAGUAUCAAGAAAGGUGAUUUGGCCAAAUAG